CAAAAGUAAAUAUUUAAAGCGAAAAAUAAAAAAAACCCAAUCAAAUCAAACCACAAAGCAAAGUUAUUGUGGCCAAAGCCCAAAAGGCACCGCCCCAACCAAUAAAAAAUGAACUAACCUCCCUCUUCACUACGUUUUUUGUUUCUCAUCUUUGACUUGCCAUUUUCAACACCAAAUAUCAAAAUCAGAUCAACUCUAUCUAUGUACAAUUAUUAUAGAGAAAAGCGCAGAAAGAUCUAUACACUGGUUGAGAGAAAUUUCAAACAAAGGCUUUCAGACCAAUCCAUGGGUUCUUUCAAUCCAAUCCAACACAAGGUUUGAUCUUUCUGCUUUUAAUUUCUCUCAAAGAACCCAAAAUCCUUCUGGGUUUUUUCAUAGAUCUGUCUUUGCAAUCGAUUUCUUAGUCCUUUUCUGAUGAUCUUCCAAUCUUCAUUUGUACUGGGUUUUUAGGGUUUACAAAAUUGGUACAUAAAUUUGAUCUAGAAAUUAGGUCUAUUGCACUUUUUCUGAAUAUAUAGAAAGUUAUAGUGUUUGAUAAGUGGAAAGAUGCAAUCUAGAAGAAACGAGGAGCAGGUUGAACUAUCUCCGACUGUUAAGUUGCGUAGUCAACGCAGAGCUGCUGCUCAAGUUGGUUCUCAUGACGCUUAUCCGGUAUCGCGUCGUGAUGUGAUGAGUAAUCGGUCUCCUCCAUCGCGUGGACGAAGGAGUUAUAGUCCUAAUACCCUAGAUGUAUCUAGGAGGGGAGGUUUGGCUAGGGAUCGAAUGAGCGGAUCGAUGGAGGGGAGGGAUUCAUAUGGUUGGCAUUUGGGUAGUGGUAGCGCUGAAAAGGCGCGAUCAAGAUCACCCCCGUAUGAGCAAAUACGUAAAAGGCCUCAUUUUGAGGAUGAGAGAGUUGUCAAUAGAAAAUAUGAUUAUGUUGAGCCUGUCGCUUUUGAUGAUAGUACGAGCUCCAGAGUAAGGAGCGUUUUCAGGUAUGAUCAUGGUACUUCACGGAUGGGCAAAGAGAAGGACUAUUUGGAAAACAGAGUUACAAAUGUUGAUGGACAUCUAAUGAUGGGUCAGAAAUUGAUUCCAGUGGAAGAUUUUGCAACAAGAGGGCCACGUCAGUUGCCACAAGAUCUGGGUCCAAGCUUAAAUUAUGCAGAAACUAGUGGACAAUUACCAUUGUCCUCCCGAGGUAUUGAUAUAGAUAAAUAUGAGCAUGAAAAAUUUCAGCAUCGAGAAACUAUACCUUCAAAUAAGGUGAAAGUUAUGGAUUCUUACAAAGAAGAUAAACCCAUGUACCAUUCACAGGAUGUUGCAUAUAGUAUGGUGGCAGCAUCUCACUCCAAGGACUUCGUGAGCACCCCUCAGCUUAAGGAUUUUGCUGGCACAUCUUCUGGUAUCACUAGAACUGAGUUUCUGAGUUCAUAUCAGGAUGAUGCACCUGUUUCUGAAGAAUAUCUUAGGAGCAGCAGGAAGCUCACAGAACCUGUGGGAUAUAAUAAAUAUGACCAAAGGCAACUUACAGAUGCUGCAAGAGAUUCUGAAACUGCUAGAAGGAAUAUGAUAUUAUCUCAGCAAGAGGCAAAUAGUCCGAGCAGGGCUGAGUAUGAGGAUAAUCUGUACCGAAAACCUAGGGCAAUAGGAAUUAACAAUCAUGGGUAUUCAGCGGAGGACUUAAAAAGGAUGAUGCCUUCUCAAUCUCGAGUUAGCUAUGAGCAUGCUUCAAUUGAUUACGGUCAUAGAGACAUGUCAAAACCAAAUAUUUUUCACCAUGUUGAUGACAGGAUUGAUAAUACAGAUGAUUCUUUUGGAAAUUUGAGAAAGGGCACUAUGCGGAAUGAUCGUACUUUGCAAAAGCAGAUAAGUACAGACUACAUUGAUAUGAGCAGAUCAUAUGCAUCGAUGCAAGGUGGGGAAUAUGUGGGUUCAGAAGACACCGAUGUUGCAUUUAGAAGAAGACUACCACAAGAUUAUGAAAUGUCACUUUUGGAUGCAUCUCACAAUCGUCAAGUAUCAAAUUUGAGAUCUGAUUAUGGUUUUGGCAGAGGAGCAGGUCCAGAGUUUCAAAAUGAAAGAGUGAUAAAUUCUCCUGCAUAUAAAUAUGAAGCAGAGCAAUGCAGACUUGGUCCAAGACCAAAGAGAAUGGAGGAAGAGCUUGACAUGUACUCAGAUAGGAUCCAUAAAAGGCAGUUUCUUAUGGAGGAAGAUGUCGGUAGGCCCAGUUCUAAAACUAUUGUAUCUAGCAAAUUGCAUUCACUUGGCGACUUUGGAGGUCCAUAUGACAGCGAGGAGCAGAUUGAUGAAGAUAUAAUUGGUUUACAUGCAUCUAAGACUAAAGGGUAUGGCCACAAUGAAUAUAAAAAGGUUGUAAGGACAUAUGAUGGGCAAGACCAUCGCAGAGAUUUGGAAUUGGAUGACUGGUAUGCGUCCCAAGGUUCUUUGGCACAUUCAGAAAGGGUUCCAAUCAGAUUUUACAAAAACAGUGGUAAAUAUAUUAAGGGAAAUCCCAGACCUGGUUAUUUUAACUGGCUUACCUCACACCAUAAUGACAGAAGUAACCUUCAUAAACAAAACAAAGUUUGGAAGAGAAAUGAAGAUUAUGAUGAGGAUAUAAAUGCAAAUGAUGGUGACAUGACAGAAGAUUUAGUGAAUUAUGCAGAGGCUGAACUGUCUGAGGAUUCAGAAGAAUUUAAGCAAUUGGUACAUGAAGCAUUCUUAAAGUACUCUAAAAAGUUAAAUUUGAACCAGUCUGUUCGUAGAAGAUACAAGGAGCAAGGACAUGCUGGUAGUUUGUUCUGCAUUGUCUGUGGUAGAAGCUACUCAAAGGAGUUCAUGGACACCCAACGCCUGGUGACACAUGCCUUCAUGUCUCACAAGGUAGGGUUGAGGGCACAGCACUUAGGUCUACAUAAAGCAAUAUGUGUGUUGCUGGGGUGGGACAGCAUAGCGCCUCCUGACACUAUAACAUGGGUUCCCCACGCCUUGCCUGAAGUUGAGGCGUUUGCUCAGAAGGAGGAUUUGGUUCUCUGGCCUCCAAUUGUUGUCAUCCACAAUAUUUCCAUGGCGAACAACAAUCCUCAAGAACAGAAAGUUGUUCCGAUCGAAGGGGUGCAGGCAUUUCUAAGAGGUGAAGGCUUUGUUGGGGGAAAGAUCACUGUUUGCCUAGGAAGGCCUGCAGACCAAAGUAUUAUGGUGGUGAAGUUCUUAGGCACUUUUACUGGACUGGCAAUGGCAGAGAGACUUCAGAAGUAUUUUGUUGAGAAUAAGCGGGGGAGAGUGGAAUUUCAGCGAAUAACUUUGAAUAAUGACAAAAGCAGCAUUGAAGAAAUAGGAAUACAGGGUGACAAAUUGGAGGAACAGCUUCUGUAUGGUUAUAUGGCAAUUGCAGAGGACUUGGACAAACUUGAUUUUCAUAACAGGAAAUGGUGUCUGGUAAAGAGCAAGAAGGAGAUUCAGGACUUGGCAAAUGAUCCUGUCAAAAUUGAUGAAAGGUAAUGCUCUUGUUAGAUCUAAAAGGCUGGACAAGAAUCUUAUAUUAUCCUUGAAUGAACAUUUAUCUCUGAAACAAGUGUGGCUUGAUUAACCUUAUUAUCUUCUAUCUUUGUAAUCCUAGUAGCUUAUUUCUGCUAUGAAUUUAAACAGAUGUAAAAUAAAAUUGCAACAUAUUUAUCUACUUUUGGAGAUUGUCUGUUGCCUUAUAUGUUGCUCCUACACUUCCGGACAUAUUUUAUGGAGCCAGCAAUGCUGCUUCGAACCUGAAAACUCAUCUGAGUCGAUCCCUGACUGAAUCUAGAUCAAUUCAUGUUGAUAAAAAAUGUCAAAAACCGAAAGCAAAAAAAUUUGAUCCGAA